AUGGUUCGCCGUUCGAGCAUGGUCUACGAGCUGUUGAAGUCUGAGACGAGAGAUGACGGUUUCACGCCGAAAGAAAUCAUCGAUCGCGUCAGCCAAACUUACGACAUCACCGCGGGGAAAGCGUUGCGCAAACAGGUUGCAGUUGCUCUCAGACGUGGCAUUGAUUUUGGCAUCAUCGCCAGGAAAAAUAAUAAGUACAAAUUCGAUGUCAGCUCGCUGCCGGCCGUAACUCAGUGGGUUCCGCGAAAAGCCAUCAGAGCGGCGAAUUAUACAGUUGGAAAAGGCAACAACGCGAGUAAGAAAAAGAGAGCCGGAAGAAAAAUGAGGCAACGGGUAUCGGGACAAACGCCAUCGAAGAGCAACAAAAGUGGCGUCAAACAACAAAAACGCGCGAGAUCAUGGAAUCGUAAACCUGUUGGGCCGUUACCACCGAGGCCUAAGGUGCCAAAGCCGCCGAAUUGGAGUCCAAAAAGACGCAAUUUAUCCGAGGAGCCGAUACCAAAAGUCGUGAAGCAUUCGUCGAGCAACGAAAUCUCGUCGUAA